CGGCGAGAGACGUCACCAGUUGCCGCGCUUGUCAGCAGUGUUUGUCCGAGUCGUCGUCGAAGCGCGCGCGAUGUUCAAGGCGUCUCUCUUCGUGCUCUGUGCUAUCACCACACAGGCGAGCUGUACCGGAGACUUCGUGGAUGAGACACGAGAUAGGCCGUCUCGGGUCAGGGCCAACAACCUCGAUCCCCCGGCUCCGUACAGCUUCGUGUACGGCAGCUCCGACAAAGGUGGCUCCCAUGGCCGCGAGGAGACCCGGGACGAGCACGGCACCGUGAGGGGCUCGUACCGCAUUGCCCUCGCGGACGGCCGCAUGCGCGUGGUGAAGUACGUGGCCGACAAGGACGGCUUCCGCGCGGGCAUCGCAACGAACGAGCAGGGCACCGAGUCCGGCAGUUCGUCGGGCGUGGUCGUCAACUCUCAGGCGCUGUCCGGACCAGACGCCGCGAGGGCCGCGCACAGGUCCAUGACUCGGGCUGGAGCUUCGAGGCACUCGGCCCCUAGGCGCGCGGCCGCUGCGUCGUCCAACGUGGAGCGGUGGGCAGCGCCGUCGCAGUUGAGGGCGCCAGGCUACCUGCCCGCGCAGAGGGACGAGAUCGUCUAUUACGAGCCGUAGCCUAGCGUAGCCUGUAGUCCGGGCACGCAGGAAAAGUGUCAAGUGCAUUCGCAACAGAACCGGUAGAGGUGCAUACUUGCGUAAUGAGCUCAUUAUAAGGAGGGGGCGGGGCAAAAAUUAGCGGCGUGGCACCAACAGUGCGAGCGUGAAGUCCGAAGUAGUUUUUUUUAUCUUCGACUUCUGCAACCCUGCUUGUCUUUCUAGUCCAUGCCAUGGAAUUUGUAUAGCUCGCGAAAGCGAAAUGGGCCAGUUGAUAGAACCUUUUUCGUUCUCACUGAAACUGCUCGGGUUGCAUACUGCGCCCCCAUCAAACCACGCCAGAUUAAGUGAAAUUUGUAAUUACGAGUCUUAACUGCUGCCUUAAUUGGUGAAAGCACUGAUACCAGCACUCAUAUGACAACCACAACAUACGAGAGGUGAACUUUGACAUUGAUUGUUGGAUUAUUGUUUUCCUCCAAAUUUUGUUGCAGUUAAAGCAAGUGUGGUACUGAUCGCCGGGGUUCAGUGUAUAUUCAGGGACUGUACUCUUGCUAGCAUGCCAAGAUUUAUUCGACCCAAACCACGCACAUUUCGUAUAUUCUGGAGCCGCGUGCACCCCUGCGUAUUCAUCGCGCCAGAUUCUUAAAUGAACCUGCAGAGCCAUUCAUGUUGCCACUGUCAUCAUUACAUUUUAGCUAUUCCCCAUAGUGGUCGCAUCCUUCUGGAAUCAAGUACCAAAUCGAACAAAGGUGUGGCGGCGUUGUUUUGGAAAGCCGCAGAUAAAUAACUGACAGGGCGGAAACUUUCUUGCCUUCCGAUCCCUUUAAUUGUUCUUAAUUCGCCAUACGUUGGGUUGCGUUGGUUGGGUUGCAAGUCAGUGAAUUAGGCAGAUAAUGGGUUGUUUCUUACAUGAAUAACCGAGUAUGCCAAAACGCUUAGCAUGGAAGACGCAAGGGCAUUGCACGCGUAGUAAUGAGCCAUUUCAAAAAGUCAGAAGAAGCUGAAAUUGAGAGUAGCAUCGGGCAAGCGUUGAACGCUGUGCAUUUACCGUAGCUGUUAUAACGAAUCUUUGUAAAGUUCAUUACUGCAGGAGGUCACCCCACCGUCGUAUUUAUUCCGAAAGUUCAGUUACAGUACCGUCAUCGUUUUUUUUUAUGCAGGGGAGUGCUCGGAAACACAACAUAAGAGCCAGAGUCUUCUCUCGUCAAAAAGUAUUGAAAGGCAGGAGAUGAAGUUCGCUUUCCAGGCGCUUUUUUCCGCAAAGCUUAUUAAAAGCUGCGCCUAAGUUGAAGUAGUGGUGGCCCAGCAGUUGCUACUGGAGAGCGGUUUAACCGUGACAUUAUAUACCCAUGUACUCUGAAUGCGGGUAAAUGCGGCGACAAAUCAGCAUUGAUAAUAGAACCUUGUUGUGGCAUGCUGAUGUCCAGCAGAAUCGACAUAGCUUUUCCAUUUGUGAGGGACUCGUGUAGUACAUAGAAAAUUGAACAUUAUCUUUUCAAAAAGUACGUUUACAAAUUAUGCAGGGGACUCUUCGUUACCUAUACUUCUUAUGGUGUCAUUGCGUUAUGUUCCGGAAAAGAUUGUGCAGCACGCGAAGUGAGAUUACAAUUUUAAGGCUGCACGUUUUCGAUCUUGCGACAAAAGUGAUAUCUGGAUAUGUUGCCUAGAUUUAGCUGCAGCACCGUUCCAAUACAAAUGGGUAACGGGAACAUGGAGUUUUGAACAGCGGGUGAACAAGGGAAUUUCUUCGUUAUUUACUUGUUGAACUCCAGUUCACACACGUGUAGUUAUGCACCAAGCAGGCCACGGGCUGUUGGGGCAUACAUACAUGUGGGUGAACUUGUGUUCAACAAGUAAAUAAUCAAGAAGGAUACAUAACUACGUUCCACUCGUUCCGUGCCGAUAGCAAGUAGCCAUCAAAACAUAUCGCCUUGCCGAACGUCUCACCCCGAAACAUAACGUUUGCACAAGGGUCAUCCUCUGGACAAGUUUUUGACAAGUACACUAUUGAUCAGUGAAUGAAAAGAUAAUACGUGAAUGCUUAUUUACCACACAAGUAAGCUGUCGUGUACUUAUUCUAAAAAACGCUUUUGUCAAAGAUAAGUAAAUGACCACGAAAACAAGUGCCAUUGUCGAAAUGUUGGCUUCAGCUGAGGCUUUCCUCAUUCGCCCUGUAAAAGUGGUGUACCAGUAUAACAGUAUCUUGCAAGGCACGAGCAUGAAAUCUUGUGAAGACGUAGUGACGUAUUAACUGUGUCGGCGUGCCGACGAUGGCAGCGCGGGAGUGGCUUUGUUCGUCAAAAUAUUUCUUAUAGCUUUAUAGGUGUUAGUAACAAACGGUAUUCAAAAGAUCUUGGAAUACGCGUGUGCGAAGAUCUUGCUCACAGUGAUAUUAUUGUACGCACAUGUUUGAUGUUGCCAAAAAACCUGCCUGUUUGGCUUGAACAAAGUUCGGAUUCAUGAUGGAAUUAAGUGGCAAAAAGAACUCGUUAACAGAAUUUCUUCAAAAGAUGUGCGAAAUCAGCCCACAACGACAAACGCUGAAAGCAGUACGUGGAAUUGAUGAAAGAUUCUAGCUUCGUUUACACGUUGAAGAAGUUGAAGAAGCGAGCACAUAAUUCGCAAGGAAAGGCGCGCCUCCAUCGCUCCUUUCAAUUCUUGACUGAAUGCUUAGGCAGGAAAAUAAAUUCCGUUUCUAGAGUGCUUUCGCGCUGUGAAAUUCUCGUGAAAUUCUCGCACCUGAAGUUUAUUGACGACUGAAUCGUAACCGCAAUGGGAGCAAGAUUACUCGGAGAGGCGGACAUUACUUACACUCGAAAUGAAAAUAAAUAAUUGUACAAUAAAUAUGGACUAAUCAACUGUAUAACUAAUUACUUUGGCAGACAUAUUGCAGUUUACGACUUUAAUCAGUGGUUUCAAAUGGCACGUCCAUCUUGCAAUGAAAUUUGAAAAUAGCACCAGUUCUGAGAUAAGCGCUACCACACUUGCGGUAAAAGUGCACUGUUAUCCACUUAACGUUUUAAACGGAACGCCUUUUUGUUCACCAAAGUUUGUAAAUUACUGGAGCAUCAAUGCAUUUUCUAGCAAGGUUUUGGAGCACAUAUCUCGAAACGUGUCAUACUUAGUAUUAGUUCAAAGUAGAUAUAACUUUCAAAGUCAAUGUCUACAAUUCGUAAAUUGAAACAUGUGCUGUAAAGUGAUUAGUUUAGGAGCUACUUAGCGAAAUGUGGGUAAUUAGUAGCAUUCAUUUUGAUUCAUCGUGUAAAUAAUGUCCGCCCCUGAGAUUAAUCCAUCUGGAGAAGUAGAAUCGUGUUAUGUUCUUAAAAGUGUAUGUUAACGGUAAGAAUAAACAGCCUCUAUGAGGCCAUAUCAUUUUAUGAGAUUACUGUAUUGGGGAUAGAUUUUUUAAAAGUAUAGUUGGUGCCACUAACCGCUAAUAUCCUCUGCGACGAGAGCGUGCUUAUUAUGUACAGAACGUGGUUAUGUCAUGACAUUUUCUGCGGCAUGAAAAGUAGCUUGUUUCCGCUUAGAAGCUUACUAUAGCUUGGAGCCUUGAUUGGGAACCCACAAUACCAGUGCACCGGCCAGCAAGCUGUAAAAACGCUUUUCUAUUCCUCUCGUAGAGGCUUAUUGCACAUUUUAUUAAAUAUCCCCCACUACCAUUCACAUUGUGGUGUUAAUUAAACGGACAACGCAAACGAUGCGUAUGCUCAUGCAUAGUGCGAAAUGCUGUAGUAUGCUUGGAGGCUAAAAACAGGGUUGUUGUUGUUCUUGAAAUAUUGUGUUGCUAAAUGUGCUUUUGUUCACCUGGCACUUACUCGAGAACUGAGCAUGUCGUUUUCUAUCUCUGUAGGUCGAAAGUGCGAUCUGAUGUUGACAUUCAUGGGUCAUAUCACGUGUCAAAAUAAACGAAUGUUUUCAGUGCUUUC